UUUGCUGCAUUUGACGGAGGCUGACCUGAGACAGCUGGGAAUUCAGAAUCAGACACACAGGAUUCAUAUUGUAUCCAAUAUUUUCCUCCUCCAGGAGAGGGAGAGACAGAAAGAGCUGAAGAUGAUGACAGCUGGGAAGUUCGCCAGUUUACCUCGCAAGACCCAUGGCGACCGCAAGUACUCCCUCGCAUCCUCCAUGGAGGCGCUAAAUGUCGAGGGCACCCUCUCCAGCCGGCAUUCCAGUUUGUUCCAGAGCGUCUCCAUCCAUGGCACGCUCCCAAGAAAGAACAGCAGGAAGCUAUCUUUUCCAACUUAUGGCACAACUGAACCCAUGGAAACUCUGCCUCAAAGCUUGCCAUCUCGGUUGCACAAAGCAUCUUGGUUAUAUGAUGUCAUUGAAGAGCAGCCCUUGCAAGAGGCCAAAGAAGGCCAUUCUGGGGACAUCUCAGACUUUACCCUAGAAUACGUCAAGUUCUCAAAAGAAAGGUACAUAAUGGAUUCAACGCCCGAGAAGCUGCGGAAAGAGCUGGAGGAGGAGCUGAAGUUGAACAGUGAAGACCUACGAAGUCACGCCUGGUACCAUGGUCGCAUUCCCAGGAAGGUGGCAGAGACUCUGAUUCAGAGAGAUGGAGACUUCCUCAUCCGUGACUGCCUUUCUAACCCCGGAAACCAUGUCUUGACCUGUCAGUGGAAGAAUGUCCCUCAUCAUUUCAUGAUCAACAGGGUGCUCGUCCGCCUGAACGAAGGCUACUCCCGCUUGCAGUACCAGCUUGAGCGAGAGAGAUUUGACAGCAUCCCCGCCUUGGUCAGGUGCUACGUGGGGAACCGCAAGCCGAUCUUCGAGCAGGUGGGGGCCAUCAUUUUCCAGCCGGUAAAUCGGACGCUCCCGCUGCGGUGUGUAGAGGAAAAAUACAGCAUGGCUCCUGUGGUCAAGGAACAGUUCACCCAAGUGCCAAGUGGGAAGUCGGACACAGGGAAGAGGCUGAGCCUGAACAUAUCGAAUGGCUCCGGUCAGGCCCACAGUUUGUCACCAGGAAAUCUUCUGAGGAAUAAAGACAAGAGUGGGAGCCAGCCUGCAUGCCUUGACUACGUGCAAGAUAGACGACAGCCCUUGAAGUCUCAUCAGUCCGAGAGUUACCUCCCUUUGGGAACGAGGUCGCCUGCACCACAACCCCACGCUUCGCAGCAACAGCAACCCAGUGGGUCAGAUGGAACGGCUCGGGACAGGUCGCCCGUGUUUCGAACCGGCAGUGAGCCCGCUCUCAGUCCCACGUGCUUCCGACUGCCCAUACUGGAAAUCCAAGCCGGGGAAGCACUGAGGGGCUCCGACAGUCAGUUGUGUCCCAAGCCACCACCAAAACCCAGCAAGGUGCCGUCCCUGAAGGUGGCCAACAGUCCUUUGUUAAUGAGUAAUGCCAGGAAGGACAAGGGUGACGAUGUGAAUGCUGGCACUCUGGAUACGGGGCAUAGUUACCGGCAGCCGGAGUCCCCACUAGACAGGCCACAUUUUCCACAGCCUGACGGUUUUGUAGAGAGACUUAAAACCGAGGAAGCAUCGAGGACCGUGUUUCCCAGUUCCAUGUCCGCCUGCAGCACACCGGGUGGCAGCUCGAUCCUGUUCACAUCCGCUCCUGUCGAGGGCGAGGAGGAGGUGAAAGCCCCAGCCCUUCUCAGACCCGUCAUUGAAAAUGUCUCCUGCUUCAGGCCCAAUGACUUCAAAUCGAAGCUGCUUCCCCCAGACAACAGGCCUCUGGACUCCUCCGUCAUCAGGCAUGUUAAGGAGCUGUUUACCAAAGCUGAUUCAACAACAAUUGCCAAAUACAUCCUAAAAGUGGACAGCCAGGUUGCUAGGAUACUAAAUGUCUCUGAAGAAAUGAGGCAACAAAUGCAAGUGAACUCGGGCCUGGAACUUAUUACUCUGCCUCACGGGCACCAACUACGUUUGGAUUUAAUUGAAAGGUACAAUACUUUGUCUAUUGGGAUUGCUGUGGAUAUCCUGGGUUGCACAGGAAGCGUUGAAGAGAGAGCCGCGGUGUUGGCCAAGAUUAUCCAAUUGGCAAUGGAGCUGAAAUACUCCAUGGGUGAUCUGUAUGCCUUUUCUGCUGUAAUGAAAACUUUAGACAUGCCACAGAUUACCCGAUUAGAACAAACCUGGACUACACUGCGACGCAAGCACACACAGAGUGCCAUUGUCUACGAGAAAACUCUUAAACCAUGUAUCAAAGCUUUAAAUGAGGGAAGAGAAGAAGUUGCACUCAGUAAGAUGACAAUUCCACACCUCAUGCCUCUCAUUAUUCUCAUGGAACGGCAGUUUGUCACCUUUGAAAGCACGGAGUUGUGGGAAACCAUCGAUCAGGGCUGUGAAAUCAUGCUCAAGCACCUGGAAGACGCACGAUCCAUUGCACAUAAUGCUGAUGUGUACAAAAUGAACACGCAACGGAUUCUUGAAGAUUUUGAGCCGGAUGAAGAAAUGCUUGAGACAUUUCAGACCGAGUUUGCAAUGAGGCUGUUGUGGGGAAGCAAAGGAGCACAAGUUAACCAGACAGAACGAUAUGAAAAGUUCAUGAUGAUUUUGACUGCUUUAUCACGUAAACUUGAACCACCGUCUUGGCACCUGGAGCACUAGCUGAUUCUGGAAAUACAACAGCAAAGACAGCCUGUUGUUAAAACACACUUUGUACAGUAUUCAACAAUAACCCAGAAAGGAUCCUUAGUUCUAUAUAUCAGUGUUUUAGCCACUUGCUGUCUUGCACUGCAUCUCAGCAGCUUGCACGCCUUUAACAUUCCAUGCAAAAUUUUGUUGCAUCUACAGAAACACCCUUGAGUUAAAACUCCAGUAUACAGAAAUGCUCAUGUGUUGUUUCUUAGAAAUAGAGUUUUACUAGUUUACCUUUGUAUCAACGUGCCAUGUCACCAUGGUAUUGAAGAUAGUUUUGGGUUGCUGUAGAGCAGCCUUUGGCACUAUGUGUGGGUGAAGACUCAGGCCUCAGAGAAAGCCAGUGACUUUCAACUGUAUUGUUCAAUGUUGGUCAUUGUAAAUAUUUAAUAUGAAAAGUAAUCUUUGAAUGCUUUAGCCAUUUAAUAUAUUGUAAAAUUAAUUGUAAAUAGAAUUCUGUAAAAUUAGUGGUAUUUUAUGCAGUACUGUAAAUUACUGUGCAGAACGUGUAUCUGUGUGACCCAAUAAAAUUGCACCAUUUCUUUACGAGGUGGAAAUGUUCAGACAUGAGAUCCCACACAAGCAUUGGCAACCAAGCAAAUCAGCAUUAGUGGGAGCUAUUUUAACCUAGCAAUUUUCAUUGCCAUUUUAAGUAUUCUGAUUUUCUAUUAAAGUGCUAAAGAUGCAGUCUGGAAAUUUGCAACCACUUUCCCUUCUGAAGUGAAGGAACUUGGAUGACAUUUCAUGAUUACUGCCAGUAGCAGGGGGACAGUUUCAAGACUAUGAUUUAAAAUAUUUAAUUGAUCCUUGCUAUCCAGUUAAAUCCUUUGCCAUCUACAAGUCUGUUGAAACUACACAUAAAAACUUACACCUAAACAUUCCAUUUGAAUCUUAGACAGGCAGGCCUCCCAUAGUAUUUUCUAUGGUACAUACAGUACUCAGAUUUGAGAGAGCUACUAGUGAAUGAAAUGGACACAACUGUACAGAUGGUGCAGAAAAAAGUGUUACAUGUCUGUACACUACAGCAAUUCUCAACGUCCAAUACCUCUAGUAGUUGAGUUAAGGUGAACAUUUACAAAUAAUGAACUCAUGCAAAACGUGUAGCAAUUCAUCCCCGACCAGAUUUUUCUUGCUUCUCCUCCCUUAAAUACAAUGAAACCAAAUCAGACCUAUCUUCGUUCUAAAUUCAUUACUACAGAAAUAUUUUAACUACUGUACUGUAAGGCAUAAUUCAAUAACUAUUCAAUAAAGGCAACACCACCAGAAUCAAGGACAACUAUCAGGCUGCUGAAGUCACCUCAACUCUGAACUGAUUCCACAGACUCACUUUCAAGGACUCUACAACUCCUGUUCUCAGUAUUAUUUUUUUUAUUUGCACAAUUUAGCUUCUUUUGCACACUGGUUGUUUGUCAAUCUUUGUUUACGUAUAGUUUUUAAAAAAUAAAAUCUGUUGUAUUUA